CAUGUGUGUAUCAAAAAUGGUGCCCAUUUACCAGCUGGCACUUAUUUUCUAAAUCACUGUAGAAAAACAUACUUUGUGUAAAAGUGUGGUGAUAUGGCGACUAUUUUGGAUUUAAUUAAACAUUACCAGCAUUCUAUAGAAAAAUAUCCAAAUGAUGAACAGAAAAUUUUAAAAUGUAUUGAUAAACUAUACAACUUGGGGGUGACAGUCCAACAUCUGCAAGAUACAGGCGUUGGUCGCACAGUUAAUGCUUUACGCAAAGAACCUGGUGAAGUAGGACAGGCAGCGAGGGCCCUUGUGUACAAAUGGAAGGUGAUGGUUGCUUCUGAGGAGAGUGAUCAGGAGGGAGACAUUGGCAAUGAUACCACAAACAGUUAUGGAUAUGAAUAUGGGAAAGAUUGCGACAGUUAUCCAUCAGAGUCUAGAAAUAGACAUGACAAACAAGAGAAAUAUGUUAGAAAAACCAAAACUGAAGAUAGUCAACAUAAUAAUUCAAAUGGAGAUCACAGUGGGAGUAAGAGAAAAUAUCACAGCAGCGAGGAAGAAGAACCUGAUACAAAGAGAUCGAAAUACUCAAGUACAAAAGAUAACAGAUACAUAAAACCUGAAGUAAAAGUUAAAGUAGAACCAUCUGAUAGUGAUAUGGAAAGCCAAGAUGACACCUCAAGUGAGAGUGACAGUGAAGGAUCUCAGUCUUCUGACGAAGAAAGAAAACCAGAUAUUAAAGAAAAAAUAGAGAAGAUUAAAAAGACUGAAAGGCAAGAGUCAUCUUCCAUUAAACAUUCAUCUUGGAGCAGUAAUGAUACACAUAAAUAUGAACCUAGUUCUGAAAGUGUUAAAGAACACUACAAAUAUAAUGCUUCAGAGAUAAGACAUUCAUCUGAAAAAUCCUUAAAAGAUAAAUCACAUAAUUCACAAUCAAACAAAAGUUCCAAAGAAGGAGAAAAGUGUGUUAUAAAAAAAGAAAAAGAACACAGACAAGAUAACGAUAAAAGUCACAGUGAAGAAUCUUCAAACAGACACAGAUCUAGUAAAGAGCAUGAAAAACAAAAACCAACUUCAGAAAAACAUAAAUCUAGUGGUAGCUCAGAUAAACAUAAACACAGCAGCAUUUCUGAAAAACAUAAGUCCAGUAGUAGUUCAGAUAAACUAAAAUCUAGAUCUUCUGAAAAACAUAGGACCCAUUCAGAAAAAAGUUCAAGUAGCUCAGAAAAACAUAGUUCCAGUAAAUCUGAUAAAGACAAACACAAAAGCUCAUCAGAAAAAGAGAUCUCAAAUGAUAAACAUAAGUCAAAGGAAAUAAAUUCUAGCAGUAGUAGUAAAGAUAAGCAUAGCUCAUCAAGUAAGGAAAGAUCAAAAGACAAGCACAGUUCUUCUAAAGAAAAAGAAAGCAGUCAUAAAAGUGACAAAAAACAUUCAACAUCUAAAGAUAUUCAUGUGAAAACUAGUGAUAGCAAGAAAGACAGUAAUCAUGAUGAUGCAAGUAGUAAAAAAAGUAAACACAAAUCAAGCUCUAGUUCUAGCAAAUCCAGCAGUAGCAAAUCAAAAGAUGAUAAACCAAAGAAAAAAUCUAAAUCAAAUGGUGAACACAUAAACAGUGAUGAAGGUAUUGAUUGCGGUUCAGGCGCCAGUUUUGCGGAAGCUCUUGGCAUGAUAAGUCCGGCAAAAAACAAAAAGAAAUCUAUGUCCAGAGACACCACGCAAUCACCUAACUCCUAUAGUGAAGAUCUAAGCCCGGCUACUCUUCUGGCACCCACCGCUAAGCUAACACCGCUUCCGUCGCUCGAAAUAUCAGCCUUACCGGAGAUAUCCCCCAAUUACCGACCACGCCCUCCGCCGAAGUUUCUACCGCACUUUACGGAUGAGAAUGCUAUGAGCGCUGCCAUAUCUUCUAAGAACCAAAGAACCAAAGUAUACUCUGGCAACAAGGUGAUAGGAAAAAUUACCAGUUUAUAUGAAAUGUGUGUACAUGUCCUUCAAGAACAUAUUGACGCUCUUGAAUAUACCGGCGGUGUUCCGUAUGAGAUUUUGAAGCCAGUGGUGGACAGAGCAACCCCACAACAACUGUUUAUGUUAGAGCACUACAAUCCUUAUCUUAUGGAAGACACGGAUCAUUUGUGGCAGAAGUUCUGCGAAAAAAGUUUCAGAAAUAAAAAGCGACAGGAAUACGAGAGUUGGAGGGAAAUGUAUAUGCGAUGCCAAGAAGAACAAGAAAUAAGAUUGAAAUCCCUCACGACUAACAUAAGAAUUGCUCAAGAGGCCAAAAAGGCACCCAUCAAACAAACAAAAAUGGCGUAUGUGGAUUCCGUAGUGAAACCACCGCGAAACAUCUUGAAAAAACAAGCCCAACACGGCACAGCGUUUGCCGCAACCGCCAGCCCAGCGGCGCGUGUUGCCGCCCUGGCAGCCGCGCCCAACGUGCUGAAGGGUGGGCGGGCGACGCCGGCGCCGGUCCUCACACCCUCUUCAUCAGCGCUCAAACCCAAGAAGGCGCCGCUCAUGCAAAAAGCCCUGCAGUUCAUGCGUGGCCGGAAACGAUGAUUAACGGUGAUAUUCCACGCGCGUAAUUAAUAUAACGGCAAUCCAUUAUUAAGGUAGCAUAAACAAUUUCGAUUUCUUUUGUUCAUUCUGACUGACGGAUUAGACAAAUGACAUAUUUCAUGAAUUUAACUUUAUACAGGGCAUCUAAUUAUUACAGUCCAUUCACUAUAAUCUGUCUCCUGUAUAAUAUGGGGGACAAGUUUUAGAGACUGGACUGUACUUAUAGAUGACCCUUGAAAUUAGUUAACCCCAUCCAAAAUUAGAGUGAGAAAAUAGUUGAUCUUACUACGCCUAUCAAGAAUCUAAAAGCAUCCUUAGAGGACCUAUAAUAGAACUUACAAACGAAAUACAAUUUAAAAUAUUGCACUUUCGUAGAACAUGUUACGUAUGUAAUACGGAAACAUUAAUCUGAGUUUAAGUUUAUAGUGGUCGUCUGUUAACUGCACAUGACCGCCGAGUUUGCCUAACAUAUCUACUCUACUCUGUAUACAACGUGUAAAUUAAAACCGAAAUAAUGCUUCGCAGGCUUUAGAGGUACAUUAUGUACUGACUCUAAGACUUAUCUGCGAAACCGAAAACCUAAUAGUUUUUGAGUAAAACACAUAAUUAAAAUCAUAUGACUCCUUUCACUUUAUUAUGUGCGCGUCGCGUAGCGUAGGUACUAUGCGCGUGUCAGUCUUUUAUCUUCGACAGGGUUGUCGUAAGUAAACACAUACAAUGUUUUGAAUGUUUGUAUGGAAAAAUAUGCUUCUUUUGAUUUAAUAUUUGUACAGAGUGAUUCCUUAUGACAUAUACUUAUGCAACCUUAAUCAUUAUUUCGUAAUUCGGUUACACGUUGUAAAUGCCUCUACGACGCCUUCUCAGUAAAGUCAAUAUUAGCAGCGAGUAAAAAGUCGAUCACAUAGUGACACAAUCACAUAAUGCUUUGUAUAACGAAAUAUUAACCGUUUCUUUGUUCGAUUAGGCUAUAACUUACUUAAGCAAAUCUUCAUCAUGUUAAUAUAAACCACAGACUGUUAUACUACUCGGUCAAAAUUAUUUGACACUGGAAUGUACUUCCAUCAACCUAAGUAAACACAAACAAAUUUCUUAUAUCAUACUUAGUUAUAUUAUGUAUAAUAUGUGUAUUACUUAUCUCGGUAACCCCUAUAUUUUAGGAAGGCUAUAUAAUAUUAUAUAGGCUUUUUAUCAUGCGACAACGAUUAGGAUACGACGCGAUGGGUCGUAGAAUGAAUCUAUUUGUGGUAUAAAUUUCUAAACAGAAGUUGUACGCGAAAAAAGUCGCGGGGUACCGGCUAGGUAUUCGAAUGAAUAUCGUGAAUGUUAAUGUUUCUAUCAGAAGUAUGAAUAAAGUACUGUGAAGUUAAUACAGUCAUCUAUUAUGACCUCUAAACAUUUUAGAGGAUUUUUCUAUGAGAAAAAAGUUUGAAAAAAAAAAACAGUUAUUUUAAAUUUAAAAUAAGAAAGGUAAUCAACUAGCCGUUACGUAAAAGUUAAUCAAAUCUAAAAAAAUCUUAAUUCAUAACCUUACACUAUCAAGUGCCUAAUAAUUUUGACCAGAUUGCUAAGUGUGAGAUUUCUAACUACGUUUUCUUAUUAGAGAUUAGCGUGAUAGUAAGUAAACUACGAUUUAUUAUGUUUCGAAUGCUCGACGGCGCUCUUUAGAUUCCAUAUAUAUCAUAGUUAACUUUGACGUGAUCGAAUAAAUAAACGUAGGUAGAAAAUCUGACACUAGUUAGGCUGGUUGUUUUAUAAUGGAAUUUAUUGAAGCUUAUCUUCUUACAGUAGAUAGAUAAACAAUAAUUAGUCAUAUUAAACAAGAAAUCGCCUGCAAUAUGGCUUUUUUCCUUGAUCUUUCAGUGUUCAUCUACGUUGUGUAAGUGUAAUUACUUCAUAUACACGUCACUUCUGAUGUAUACAAAUGUUUUAACUGAACUAAAUUGGCAAAACUAAAAGUUUUGCUAUCCUUUUCUACAGGGAACAUAUUAAAAACUGUACUAGUUUAAGACUGCACACAGUAUCAUUGAAUUUUUUUUUUCAAAUUUUUCAAUACACUGGAAAUAUUAUUGACGUGUGUGUGCAGAGUCAUAGAUAUGUAAAUAAGGUUUUGUUUGAGAUUUGAGUUCAAGAUAAUUGGUCCUAUGAACUGCUUAAAUAAUGUUAGCAGUAAUUCAAGUCAUUCAAGACCGGUUGAGAAAUUAUGUAAUUUGAUAAACGAAGCUCAUUGUUUUUCUUGUACAUACAAUUUUCCAUAUGCUGUGUACAUUUUCUGGAUAUCAUUAGUAUUUAAUGGUGAAAUAUACUGUUAUUUUACGUUUCAUCAGUAAUAGUUCGUAAGUGUGAAACAAUAUUUUGCUAUGACACCCGAUUGCUUUAAAUCUGUUUGGAUUGUCAUAGUGCACUAGCCAUAGGAAAUGUUUUUAAUUUGACAUUUGAUAGUGAGCAUUCUGGUGUUUAUAAUUUCAGUUUGUUUUCGUCUUACUGCCAGUAGUAAAACGGGUAUUUUUUUUGUCAGUGUCGGAAACAUUAGGAAAAGUGCAGCCAAACUAACCGCAGUAACCGCGGUUGUAGACGUGCGUCAAUGAUCUUUUUUUCCUAGCAAAUUGCCCGCACUAAAAGUACGUAAGCCCGAUUUUUUCUCUUUUGUUUAUCUAUCUAUAAUUUUUUCUUUACUUCUCAGUGUAAAGUAUUUUUUUUUAAAUAUUUAAUAAAAAGAAAGCUAGAACAAAAAUAAAAUCCUUUAAGGUAUGGUAAGGUUACAAAAUAUAAAGUGGGAAUGUAAAUAAAUAUUUACAAAAACAAAAAAUAAAGG